AUACUAAACUUUAAUCUUUUCACUAACCACUAUUAGGUCAAGGUCAAUGUAGGUCAAAUUUGCAAGUACGUUGGUUAUAAAACUGUUAUCACUUUAUCAGUUAAUAAUAAGAUUACCCCUGUUGUCGCAAAUUUCCAGUAAUUAGGCUCGCAGGUCACUUUAUUUUUAUUUUUUUUAUUUGAAUUAUUUUCGCAUUCGUGCUUUCGAAACACAACUUACAACGUAAGUUCGAAUUGAUUAUAACAGGUGGUUGAAUUAAAUUAUUCAUCAUGGUGAACGUAGCACUUUUAUCGAAAAAAAUGGUAGACAGCUUGAAGAGCAAGGAAUUCAGGGAGUACCUGAUGAGCACUCAUUUCUGGGGUCCAAUAGCAAAUUGGGGUAUACCUAUUGCCGCUCUGGCUGAUAUCAACAAAGAUCCUAAGUACAUAAGUCCAAACAUGACCUUUGCUCUGUGUGCCUACUCUUUAAUGUUUAUGAGGUUUGCUUGGAAGGUCAAGCCCCAAAAUAUGCUGUUAUUUGCUUGCCAUUUAACUAACGAAGCUGCACAGUUAACCCAGUUGGGACGUUAUACAUAUUUCACUUAUGUAGAUCAACCACAAUCUAGUGAAAAUAUACAACCAGCAAGUACCUAAAAAAGGAUAAUGACCAUUGGAAUGUCUAGACAAAUUGGAAAUAAUUAGAAACAUACCCACGUCAUGAACAAUUCAGUCUAAACAGCAAAUAAUUUUUUUGCCUUCAUAUCAGUAAUUUCAUAAUAUUUUGGUGAUAUGGAUUUUAAUAUAGGUAAUUGUAAAUAAUUUUAGAAGUUGGAAGUAGCUAUAUUUUCAGUUUACUUCCUCUUUACAUAAGCCCCAAUGUACAGAAGAUAUAUAGAGAAAAAUAUUUUUGUUGAUUUUGAUAUUUUAAAUAGGAUUUGGAGGUUAAAUAUCAGGCAAUACGAUUUGUAUUGUUUUUGACUGGAAUAUACAUAUAUUUUUAUUGUUU